AUGAGAAUGCGGCACUACUAUCACAACUACGAACUUUAUGAAAUCAACAAAGAAUGCCUCGCCUUUUUAGCAAAGUGCGAAGAAGCAGAUAAAAGAAAGCAACGAGAGCAGAGAAAUCAAAAAAUCCGGAAAGCGAAAAGACUUGUUUUGCGCGUUUUGGAAGAUAUCGUCGAUCAAAGUUAUGUGAACACGGAAAAUGCUGAUUCCAUGGAAUGGUACCAGAAAUGCGCUGUUCUCACUAAAGUGAUGUACCAAAGCAGUCUAUUUUUCUUGACAAAUUCUGCUUUCAAGAAAGAAAAUGGUCUCUACGCCGUUUUGGGAAUUCAAGAGAAGUCUUAUCAGUUCCUUCGAUUCGUAAUUUGCUCAACAGUGUCUCUACUUCUCUGGAUCCCAACUUACAAUAUUCUCGCUUUCUUCGUCGGACCCCCAAGUGAAAGAAUCAAUCGACAGCCGCAAGAAGAUAUGGAAACGGAUGAUGAAGAAGAAGAAACUGAAUGCGGCCUCCGAAAGAUCCAAAAAGAAGUGAAGAAAAAACGAAAGAAAAUCAAGAAGAACCGAAGAACUUUCUAA